GAUCAGAAUAUCCAAACUACUGGGAGAGGAAACGGAGACAUGUCUGGCUAAACAGCGAACCUUAAAAAAAAACCUAGAAAUUGCAAAACAACGUUACAACCAGAGCGGAGGAGUGCCCAUCUUUCAGCAGAUGUAUGGCUGUGAAUGGGACAAUGAAACUGGAGAGGUCAAAGGUUAUGAUCAGUUUGGCUAUGAUGGAGAAGAUUUUAUUGCACUGGACCAGGAAGGAGAAUCAUGGAUCGCUCCUAAACCACAAGCUUUCAACACCAAACACAAUUGGGAAAAUAACAGAGUUGCACAAAAACUUGAGAAGAUCUAUUUAACUCAAACAUGUGUUGAGUGGCUGAUGAUGUAUGUGAGAUAUGGGAGCAGCUCACUGAUGAAAACAGAUCUUCCCUCAGUGUCUCUGCUCCAGAGGAAUGGCUCCUCUGCAGUCUGCUGCCACGCUACAGGAUUUUAUCCUAACAGAGCUGAGAUGUUCUGGAGGAAAGAUGGAAAAGAGAUUCAUGAUGGUUUGGCUAAAGGAGAGAUCCUCCCCAACAAUGAUGGGACCUUCCAGAUGAGCAUUUAUGUGAAUCUUUCAUUUGUUCCGUCUCCUGACUGGGCAAAGUAUGAAUGCGUGUUUCAGUUCUCUGGUUUUAAAGAGAAUAUUGUCACCAGACUGGAGAGAAGGAACAUCAGGACAAACGAAGUAAAUUUGACCACUUCACUCAUUGCUGCUGCUGCUGUGGUUCUGAUGAUUCUGGUUCUGGUCAUUGCUGUGAUUGUAAUUCUUUGUCCAAUAAAGAACAAUGUCACUCAAUAUAUCACGCCUGAGACUUCACCUUUCCAAGCCAAUUCUUCAUCAGACACACAAAGUAAAUUUGACCACUUCACUCAUCGCUGCUGCUGCUGUGGCUCUAAAACAACAAUCAGUUGUUUUAGAUGGAGGCCUGAGUUCUAAACAUAUUAGAGACUCACAGUUUUUGAACUGGGAGGAAGUCGGAGAGAACCUGCCAGAAAGCCCACAGGCUUGGAUUCGACCUGGAAGACUUUUUUUUUUCUUUUAAUCAAUAUAUGUG